AUGAAGUGGAUCGUCAUGGGCAAUCUGCCGCUCUCAUUCUGUGAGUCCGUGGAGACGCGAAGGUACACUAAACUGGCUCCUGUGUCUGUGAACGCUCUGGUCUCCAACAUGGAAAGCGUGACCAAGGCGGUGGAGAAGGCAAUCGGUGAAGAGAUGCCAGACGAGUUUGUCCUGAUGCUGGACGACAGGAGCCACGGCACGGAGCAGUUCUUGGCUAUUUACGGAUGCUACGACUCGCCUGGUGGUACCCUCUGUUGUCUAUGGCUCCCGUUAUGGACGAGCCUGGCGAACACUUGA